AUGCGGGGGACCCAGCACCGCGGCAGCAGCAGAGUGCGUGCAGCAGCAGCAACAGAUGCAGCAGCAGUUGAUGGAAUACCAGCAGCAGUUGCACCAGCAGUAGAUGCAGCAGCAGCAGCAGAUGAAGCAGCAGCAGCAGAUGGAGCGGCAGCGGCAGAUGAAGCAGCAGCUGCAGGUGAAACAGCAGCAGCAGAUGCAGCAGCAGUAGAUGGAGCAGCAGCAGCAGAUGCAGCAGCAGUAGAUGGAACAGCAGCAGCAGACGCAGCAACAGUAGAUGGAGCAGCAGCAGUAGAUGGAGCAGCAGCCGGUGAAGCAGCAGCAGAUGAAGAAGCAGCAGAUAAAGCAGCAGCAGCCGAUGAAGCAGCAGCAGCAGAUGAAGCAGCAGCAGCCCGUGAAGCAGCAGCAGCAGAUGAAGCAGCAGCAGCAGAUGAAGCAGCAGCAGCAGAUGAAGCAGCAGCAGCAGACACAACAGCAGCAGCAGAAGAAGCAGCAGCAGAUGAAGCAGCAGCAGAUGAAGCAGAUGCAAGAAUAUGA